AUACGUUCUUUUUUUAUUUUCAAGCUAGCGAACUGUCAAACUCACUCAAAUAAAGACUGACCAGGAACAUAUGAUCAUUGUCAAGAGGGCGCUGUUAUUCUCAUGUGUAGGGUGACAGUUCAGUUUAGUAUGAAAAAUUUAGUACCGAUGAAAUUCCGCAAUAUGGCGCGUGAUCAUAUAUUACUGGUCAUGCUUUUAAAACACAAUGCGUUUCGUUUUAAUUUCAUUCUUCAAUUCAAAUCAAAUCAUUCAUUUAUAAUCAGUCAACGUGAAAGGACGUCCGUGGCGUGUUUGCGCGUCCUUUUCACGUGCUUUGAAAUUAUAGUGACAAUUAUCGUUUUUAUCACAGAAAGUCUAUAUUUUGAUACCAAUGUUAUUCUUCUAGUAAUAUUAGUAACAUACAUGCUUUAAGUGUAUGUAAAAUGGCUUUAAUGCUGACAUAAUGCGCCUGUUUACAAAAAAACAGAUUUUGAUUACCUUUACUAAAUGUAUGUAUAUCAAAUAAUUUAUAAAACAGUACUGUCAUCAAAUUAGUAGUGCAAUCGAAAAUGUCUCCAAUAACACUUUAAUCUAUUGUAAAUACAUUGGUAUAGUCAUUACAAAAACGCCGGUCGUAAGAAAUAAAAAUGAGUUCCCCCGAAAAGGACAUUGAGUUGAGCCCAGUUAAAAGUGAUCCUACUCCGAGCGGUCCAGCACUACCGGAGAAGCUGAAUGUGCCCAUAGACGAUGAAGAAGAUGUUAUUAUCGGACGGUUUAGGAAAAUAAGUUCUGCUAAGUCUAUGGCAGCUACAAACGGCCAAAUACAAUAUCCUUCUGAUAUAACAGUGAAGUUGGAUGGUGAUUCUGAGUCAGGAUUGCAGUUUAAGAAGGAGCCUGGUGAGAAGGACAAGCUGCUGGAGCCAAACAAUGGAGUGGUGAUUCAGAGGAAGACUCCAGUCACUAAGAGCAGUUUCAGAGAUAUAGAGAAGCCAUCUCGGUUCAGGAAUCAGCAGUCUGCUACCAGGUUCCAGAUGCAGGGCAAGUCUGAGGAUGAGGCAACGGAGGAGUCCAAUGAAUCGGGGAUGGAGAGCGACGACCCGCUUACUGCGUCUGACACCAAAUAUGGCAAGAGUUUCAGGCAUUUCACCAGAGAAGCGUUGCCCAGGCUGGACAACUACAGAAAUGUGUUGUCCCUGCACGCUGCGCCCCGGCCCACAUUGGAUGAGCUGCAUAACGCCUCUCUAUCUAGGAAGCCAGGUCAGACCAUGGAGAAAGACGCCGAGGGCCCGGCGCUGCCCAGCCCCAACCUGAAGUUCGGCUGGAUCAAGGGCGUCCUCAUGCGAUGUCUACUCAACAUUUGGGGCGUGAUGCUGUUCCUGCGACUCUCCUGGGUGGUCGGGCAGGCUGGUGUGGCGCAGUCAAUCCUGCUCAUCAUGACGACAUCAGUGGUGACUACCAUCACUGCGCUCUCCAUGUCUGCAAUUAGCACAAACGGUGUCAUCAAGGGAGGUGGAACUUACUACAUGAUAUCCCGGUCGCUAGGCCCCGAAUUCGGUGGCAGCAUCGGCCUGAUAUUCUCAAUGGCGAAUGCUGUCGCUUGCGCCAUGUAUGUUGUGGGUUUUGGAGAAUCGCUCAUAACGCUUAUACCUGAGUCAGCUUAUAUGGUCAGCAAGGCCUGGGACCAAACAAUCUACGGCUGCAUCACCAUAGUCCUACUCACGGGUAUCGUUAUGGUGGGCAUGGAGUGGGAGGCCAAAGCCCAAAUAGUAUUGCUUUUCAUACUCCUAGCCGCCAUAGCCAACUUCCUGAUCGGCUCCAUUGUAGGCCCGAAAAGUGACCUCGAGAUUGCACAGGGCUUUGUUGGUUACAACAUGACGGUGUUGAAAAACAACAUGGGGCCCGACUACAAGUUUUACGAGGGAGUGGACCAUUCGUUUUUUUCCGUGUUCUCGAUAUUCUUUCCGGCGGCUACCGGGAUUCUCGCUGGUGCUAAUAUUUCUGGCGAUCUUAAGGAUCCUCAAAAGUCAAUCCCAAAAGGUACUAUCCUGGCCAUACUCCUGACAACCCUGUCAUACCUGUUGAUCGCCGUGAUCGUGGGCUGGACGGUGCUGCGGGAAGCCUCGGGCGCGGCGGAGGACGUGGCCGGCUGGAGCAUGGCCGCCUGCGCUAACCGCACCUGCGAGUACGGCCUGCAUCACAGUAAUGACGUGAUACGACUGGUGUCUGGCUUUGGACCUCUGAUAUACGCAGGAUGCUUCGCGGCCACUCUGUCUUCCGCGUUAGCGUCUCUCGUCUCGGCGCCUAAAGUAUUCCAGGCAUUGUGCCAAGACAAGUUGUACCCGUACUUGGAGUUCUUCGCGAAGGGCUACGGCAAGAACAACGAGCCGGUGCGAGGAUACGUGCUCACCUUUCUUAUUGCAUUCGCAUUCAUUCUAAUGGGUGGUUUGAACCAAAUCGCACCUCUGAUAUCGAACUUCUUCCUUGCUGCGUAUACGUUGAUCAACUUCUCUACAUUCCAUGCGAGUCUGGCCAGACCCGUCGGUUGGAGGCCUACUUUUAGAUUGUACAACAUGUGGCUAUCUCUGCUCGGCGCGGUCCUGUGCCUAGCGAUCAUGUUCGUGAUCUCGUGGAUCACGGCGCUCGUGACGUUCGCGUGCUUGCUCGCGCUCUACCUGCUCGUGUCCUACAGAAAGCCAGAUGUGAACUGGGGCUCCACGACGCAGGCGCAGACCUACAAGGCGGCGCUCUCCGGCGCGCACCAGCUCAACCGCGUCACAGAACACGUCAAGAACUACAGGCCCCAAAUACUGGUGCUGACUGGUUUCCCGGGCGAGAGGCCCAUCCUGACCGACUUCACGUACCUCCUGACUAAAGGCCUGUCGCUGAUGCUUUGCGGGCACAUCGUACCUAACCAAGUGAGCCACCGCGCCCGCGAGGCGCUGUCCGGCCGCGCCUACCACUGGUUCAACAAGCGCAAGAUCAAGGCCUUCUACAGUCUCGUCGACGAUGUCAGCUUCAAAGAUGGCGCUAGCGCGCUUAUACAGACGAGUGGCCUUGGAAAACUCAAGCCUAACAUUCUGAUGAUGGGCUUCAAGGAGAACUGGCUGGACUGUGACCGUUCGGAAAUCGUUGACUACGUGGAAGUUAUGCAUAAAGCUCUGGACGUGCACAUGGCGAUAGCGAUCCUGCGUGUGGAGGGCGGGCAGUACACAAGCGAGGCGCUCGACGAUGACCUACAAGCCUACCUACACGACAUGAACGCUAAGGACCUCACCACGCUAACACGAUCGAUGGGAGACAACUGUAAGGAAUCCAAGUCUACUGAGAGCUUGAACACGCACUCAAGAGGCAGUAGCAUGUCCGACGUGUCGCUGGGCUCCCCGCAGCUACGACGCGCGGCCGUCUCCGCCGACCCCAACGCCGCCGCCAAUAAGCCCGCUAACACCGAACAGAAGGAGAGGAGCGGCGGCGGCGGCGGCGGUGGCGGCGGCGGGCUAGGCGGAGCGGUGCGGCGCGCGCUCGGCGGCGCGGCGGCGCGGCGGGCCUCCUCCUUCACGUCCGUGGAGCACUUCACGCGGCGCCAGGCCGGCUCCGUCGACGUGUGGUGGCUGUACGACGACGGAGGUUUAACCCUCCUCCUGCCAUACAUCUUAUCAACGCGGCGCGCCUGGUCGUCGUGCCCGCUGCGCGUGUUCACGCUCGCCAACAAGAACACUGAGAUGGAACUCGAGGAGCGGAACAUGGCGUCCCUCCUGUCGAAGUUUCGCAUAGAUUAUUCCGCCCUGAAGAUGGUCUCUGACAUUACGAAGAAGCCCAAAGACUCAACUUUGGCGUAUUUCGAACGACUCAUCGCACCGUUCCGUACUACGGACGACUCCAAUGAUGCUCUAGGCAUUACCGAUGCAGACCUACUAGCGGCCCGCGAGCGAACCCACCGCCAUCUCCGUCUACGGGAGCUCAUCUCAACACAGUCCUGUGGAGCGCGCCUCGUCUGUGUAACAUUACCCAUGCCUAGGAGAAGGAACGUUAUACCACCCGCUUUGUACCUGGCUUGGUUACAUGCUAUAGCGACAUCUGUGGAUAGAGUACUGUUGCUAAGAGGAAACCACUCCGCUGUGCUGACAUUUUACUCUUAAAUUGAACCGUAUGUCAAUACUAUUAAGGUCAGUUUUACAUCAACCGUUGUCUCUUUCGAAAUAUUUCAACACUGUAGCGCUCGACUUGUCUGUAUAACAUUACCCAUGCCUAGAAGACCGAACAUCAUACCACCCGCUUUGUACCUGGCUUGGCUACAUGCUACGAGUAUAGCGACAUCUGUGGAUAGAGUACUGCUGUUGAGAGGAAACCACUCUGCUGUGCUGACGUUUUACUCUUAAAUUGGACCGUAAGCCAAUAGCAGUAAGGUUGGUUUUGCAUCUACUAUUAUUCUACCUUAGAAAAGUUUUAACAAUGUAAUGUCGAGCGCGUUGCUUCCAUCAAACUGGCGCGCCACCCGCUUCGUACGGCUGUUACUAUUAGACUGGACCGUAUUAUAGGUAUAAUAGUAGCAAGUCCAGUUUUACACCAAUGCGAUGUCGUCUGUUAGAAUGAAUUUAACGAUUAAAGACAGCCAGCCAUGUAAUAUUGCUGGGGGCGAAGUGUUACACCACCGGCCUAGUACUAGUACCUUGCUAAAGGUAAGUUUUAAGAAUGUUUUAGUACACUGACUUUUGUUUUAUGAGAAUGCGUUGUGCCCAUUAGUAAUAUAAAAUUACAAUAAUGUUUGAAAGUAGCAUACAAUUUUGUUUUUAGUUUGAAUAUAUAGUACAAAUUUUCUAAGUGUAUUUUAGGCAUAUUAUUAAAAAUCUCGAAUAAACUGAUACUGUGGAUUAAUUAAGCUACUAUAGCUGCUAAGGGCAGAUAAAACAAUACUUUUUUUAGCUUACACAACAGCUUGGGUAUGGUGAAAGAUGUCAAUUCCAUCCAUUUUAUUAGCAAAAAAUCGGCCAAGAGCAUGUCGGGCCAUGCUCAGUGUAGGGUUUCGUAGUUAUCAUUAUGUCAGAACAAGCCAAAUGGGGGUUAUUAAUUAGUAAGUAUCAUAUAGGUACAUAACAAGCAUAAGGGAGUACCUUUCCAGCAUUUUGUACGUCUUUUUACUAAAUAAGUUUUUGGCAAAAUUUCAUUUUUGGUACAAGCUUUUAUCGCUGACUGUACUUUUCUUUCCACAAGUAACUAAUACUCAUCGAGACAAUUCUAAAAACCCCAAACACAAUUAGGUUACGUUGUUUCAUCACAGAGUUCCUAUGGCCACCUCCUGUCUCCGUCAUCAGAUCAUCUCGAUGGUACCAUAAUAUUGCAUUGUCACCCGACUUACAUAUGUAUGCAAAUUUUCAGCUUCAUCGGAAACCGGGAAGUGGGUCAAAUUUAACUUUUGAUUACAAAAUUUACAAACAGACAACGGUCAGGUAAAAAGUAAAUAAAAGAUUGUAAAAGAGAAGAUUUCUUGCAAUAAUUCAAAAACGGUUAGACCGAUAAUGUUCGCAACAGUUUUCAUUGAAAGUAUUUACUAAGCUUUUGUUUCAAGAUAUUUUUCAUAAUUUUUGGACCCAUGGGUCGAAGGUUAGAGGGCCGAAUUUUUUUUUUCUUACGGAUCGACUAUUUCCGAAAAUAUUAUCUUUAUCAAAAAAUGGUUUCGGUUUGAAAGACCUAUCCAACGAUACCAAAAAAUGGUUUCAGUUUGAAAGACCUAUCAAAGCAAAACAAAAUAUCAUUUUGUGUGGGAAGUACCCUAAAAAAAUUGCAACUUUCUAGCACUAACGAUCACGAGAAGCCGUGGACGGACGGACAGACGGACAUGGCGAAACUAUAAGGGUUUCUAGGUGACUAUAAAACCCUAAAAACGCAAAAUCUUGCAAAAUUGUAUUGAGGUGAUAUAUGUCACCGUACCCAAGUUGUAUGAAUGAAUGCAUAUACUAUAAGAUUCUUUUGAGUCUGCGUGAUUCCAAAAUAAUGUUUUCAUCUUUUAGCUCUUUGACCAAGCUGAAUAGAAAUAGUACAUUACUACAGAGGCCGGGACGAAAGGGGUUGCCGGCCGAAGACAUAAAGACUCGUCGUCCUCGGAUAGGUCUGAGGCGGGCAACCCCAUAUUUCCCGCCGAGGUAUGUAUAGUGCUUUUCUCAAACAUGCAAUGAAAUAAUAAUAAAAAUAGGAUGAUGAUGAUGAUUGUUUCAUGUCCUAAUGUGAUAGGUUAUUCAGUGCGAGGGGUGUUGAAGGGGAACAAAAAUUUGAUUAUUUUGGCGCUACGACGCACGCCAUUACGCUUCUUUCCUUUUUUUUAUCUUUUUAAAAAUUAUUGUUUAUCCUUUUUUUUGUGUUUUUUUAUUACACCUAUAAUGAAAUCUAAACCGUGCGCCGUAGCGCAAAAUAAUCAAAUUUUCGUUCCCCUAUAGGAAACCCUGAAAUAAUAAUAAUAAAACACAAAAAAGAAAAAAAAAGGAGUUAGAGGCCUAGGCCUGCAAGAUUUGUAUGAAAUUCCAUUAACGACCUCUUGUCCUAGCCGCACCUGAAACAUCAUUCUUCGCAGCCUAUUAUAAGGAACAUAACAUCAAUAUUUCAUUGCAUUUUUGAGAAAAGGUCUUUCCAUACGCAUUAUGCCAUGAAAAGGCAACCAAAUGUAGAUUUGGUAUUUUUUGGGCUUAUUUCUGUUUUGUCAACAUGUCAAGGAAAUAGGCCACAAUUUUAAUACGGUGAUUCUACAGUAAUUAUUCUUAUUAGUAUUAUGUAAUUAUUAAUAUUAUUAUUUGAAUCUCACUAUUUAUGCAAUUUGGCGUUUUAUGCCCGCUUAUAUAGCGUUUUAAAAACGCCUUGUUUAAGAGGGAAGAAAAGCGUUGCGGUCCUAACGAAAUAACGGUACUUUUUCUAUGAAAUUUAAUUUCGGGAGAAAACGGUUUCCAUUAACUAAAUUUUAACAAAUCACUUUGGUUUUGUUGUCGAUCGCUUCAGCAUAAUAUAUUCUAGGUUUAUAGGUUUCGCUAACUUAAAAAAAAAAAGAUUUUUUGUUUUGCAAAUUUGGAGAAAAAAAGGAAAACCUAUAAACCUAGUUUUUAAUUGUGUCAAAAACACAGUUAAAAAAACAUGGACAAUGGAAGAUAUUUUGAAGAAAAACAUUUUCUCUUUUGUAUGGUACAGUCAAGGUAUUAAAUAUCGACACGGAUAAAGUGCCAAAAAUAUGUAUACACUACUUUAAUGUAUAGGCAAUAAGGUCGUGUGUACAUAUUUUUGGCACUUUGUACGUGUCGAUAUUUAAUACCUUGACUGUACGUGCUAUACUUACCUCUAAACUCUUACCCCCUUAUUCAUAAACGUGUACUAAAGUUACGAUGCCGCUGAUCAUCGCUUGUCCCUUUCCAUCAUACCAAUACGUCGAAAAGGGACAAACGAUGAUCAGCGGCAUCGUAACUUUAGUACACGUUUAUGAAUAAGAGGGUUAUAGUCUUAAAAUAUCACGUGGCUUAGAUAAUUGAAAGACAACUUUUAUUAAGCUUUAUUAUACGAUUUCCUGAAAGUACAAAGUGGCUUUAUCGUAAAACCGUAAUACGUUAACGGCACGAUUAAAAUAUUGCUAAGCGCAUUCUGUAUCGCAUCUUAUUAAAUGACGAUUGCUAACGGAAUUGGCUACGGGCUACAUGCAUGAAAAAUAGUUUAUAAUGUGUGUUCAAUGAACACGUUACCGCGAAAUUAAUCGAAAAUGUGGAUGCCGCAAUUUUUGUAUCAAAACGUAAUUUAUUUAUUUAUUGCUAAAAUGUAUAUUGAACACUUUUAUUAAAUUCUUUUCUUUCUUUCUUUUUAUAAUAAUAAAAAAACAUGUACAGCAGCUGUAUACUUAAAACAUUUAUUUGCUGUGUAUAUAAUGAAAAACUUAUUAAGUAUUCAUGAUUCUUUUCAUACACAUACUUCGGUGCAGACGUGUGCCUUGUGACGUCACGAUCCGCGCACUUCUUGAAUGGAGUUUUACUCGCGGUGCGCGGUGUCGCGAUUUCGAAGUUUUAGGGGCACAUUAAAUAUCAGGUUAAUAGAAUCGAUUGACAUCUUUAAAACAUCAUGCAUGUAGCUAAUUGGGAGAUCUGAGCCAUUAAUCUGGACAGCUUUAACUGUUAUAUUCCACUAUUAUUAAUAUUUUUACUAUAAUUAUGACUUUAUGACAUUCAUAUUUUUGUACAAUCGUAGGUAUUUUUGUAAACUAUACCAGUGAGUGCCUGUUGUAACUUCUGAACAUAUUUUAUACGAAAUGUCCACAAGCUUUUUACAAAUACACAAAUUAGAUAUGAGAUUUGGAAUAUAUUUUUGUAACGCAGCUGUUUCAGUCGUCCAAUAUGGUUUGGUUUUUAAAUUGUGUGUGUGUGUGUGUGUGUGUGUGUGUGUUCGUGUGCGUGUGUAAUAAAAUAAAAAUUAGGUAAAUAUUCUAAUUAUUUCUGGCACAAUAUAUUUGUUAAGUUAUACGAGUGGUGUAAUUAACUUUUAUUAUGUACAUUUAUUUUUAAAGUUACCCAGUUGGCUAUGUGCACGAAUGUAGGCUCUAGCCUGGCCGCUAUGGGUCGCAUUCGUUACUUUUACACCCAUAAUUCAUACCUAGCCAAAAACCUUGUAUACCUUUAUAAUUCGCAAUAUAUACUGCGUAGCAGUUAGGCUUAAUUUUCGUUUCUCAAAUUUUCGUUAUUAUUUAUUUUAUACCAUUUAUUUAAAUGCACAUAGCGCUUAUUUUUGUUUGUUUAACGUAUUGCGUUGUUAUUUAAUUUAUUCAUAUAUGUAGCACAUUGAAUGUACCUUGUCAUUGUUAUUUUUUAACCGUAGGGUAAGUCUGCUCCUAACUUAUUUUAGUCUAAAUAUGUAAUAUCAGUUUUGUGAUUAAAUGACUUGAGACCA